AUGGCUGCAGGAGACCCAGGCCUCCUGCUCUCUGCCCGCCACCCUCCAUGUGUUUCUCUAGGCCCUCGGACCUCCGUGCUCCUGGCUUUCGCCCUGCUCUGCCUGCCCUGGCCUCAGGAUGUGGGCGCCUUCCCCGCCAUGCCGUUGUCUAGCCUGUUUGCCAACGCUGUGCUCCGGGCCCAGCACCUGCACCAACUGGCUGCUGACACCUACAAAGAGUUUGAGCGCGCCUACAUCCCCGAGGGACAGAGAUACUCGAUCCAGAACGCCCAGGCUGCCUUCUGCUUCUCCGAGACCAUCCCGGCCCCCACGGGCAAGGAUGAGGCCCAGCAGAGAUCUGACAUGGAGCUGCUCCGCUUCUCGCUGCUGCUCAUCCAGUCGUGGCUCGGGCCCGUGCAGUUCCUCAGCAGGGUCUUCACCAACAGCCUGGUGUUUGGCACCUCGGACCGCGUCUAUGAGAAGCUGAGGGACCUAGAGGAAGGCAUCCAGGCCCUGAUGCGGGAGCUGGAAGACGGCAGCCCCCGGGCUGGGCAGAUCCUCAAGCAAACCUACGACAAGUUUGACACAAACUUGCGCAGUGAUGACGCACUGCUCAAGAACUACGGGCUACUCUCCUGCUUCAAGAAGGACCUGCACAAGGCUGAGACGUACCUGCGGGUCAUGAAGUGUCGCCGCUUCGUGGAAAGCAGCUGUGCCUUCUAG